AUAAUUUGCUGUAUUUCAGGACUGAUUCGGGACUAUUUCGGGGGGAAAAAAAAACGUCUUCCCAAAUAGAUUUUGGGUAUAUACUGGUUCAUUUUUUUCUGUUUGUUGUCCAUCAGAUAACUCGUGAUAAACACAUUCGAUCUAAUCGUAAUUCGAUGCUUCAGUGUGAAAAGUGGCAGAAGGCAAUUGCCAUGUCCUGGUGACGCCCCACGCGUGGCGGACACUGUAGCUGUGGGAGCUGUGUUCAUUUCUGACGGUCAUCAUUCAGCAGUAUGGACAGCGAAGAUGAGAACGUGGAGGAGGCCGUGGAAGGUCCACUAGAUGAAGACGAACAACCUCAUGGACAGUGCACAGUGACCUACUCAUCCAGUGAUCGCUUUGAAGGCCACUUUAUACACGGAGAGAAAAAUGGGAAGGGCAAAUUCUUUUUCUUCGAUGGAAGCACCUUGGAGGGCUUCUACGUGGAUGAUGUUCUUCAGGGACAGGGCGUGUAUUCGUAUGAAGACGGAGGUGUCAUGCAUGGCACGUAUGUGGAUGGUGAACUCAACGGGCCGGCUCAGGAGUUUGACAUAGAGGGUCGCCCGGUGUUUAAGGGCCAGUACAAAGACAACAUCCGCUGUGGGGAAUGCUGGGCGUACCACACUGAUGGAGGCUGUGUGUUUGGGGAAGUGAACGAGGAUGGAGAAUUGACUGGUGAUUCAUUAGCGUACGUCUACCCUGAUGGCCGCACAGCUCUUCAUGGAAGUUUUGUGGAUGGUGAACUCAUCCAGGCUCAGCUCGCCACCCUGAUCCUCACUGAGGAUGGAAGACCAUCUUUUGAGGUCACACCGCGUCGUGGGGCUGUAUAUACAUAUGACAAAUCUACAUCCACUUGUAUUGCUACCCAUGCUAUGCUGCCAGAUCCUUAUGAGAGCCAAAGGGUAUUUGUGUCAGGCUCCUUGAUUAAAGGAGCUGGCCAAGGUCUGUUUGCCAAGACAGAUGCUGAAAGAGACACCGUGAUGGCCUUUUAUAAUGGAAUACGAAUCACACACUCAGAGGUGGACAACAGAGACUGGACGUUCAACGGCAACACAAUCUCACUGGACGAGGACACUGUGAUUGACGUACCUCAGCCAUUUGACCAGAUAGAGUGCUAUUGUGCCUCUCUUGGUCACAAGGCAAACCACUCCUUUACCCCCAACUGCAAAUAUGAUGUGUAUGUUCAUCCCCGUUUUGGGUCGAUCAAAUGCGUCCGAACAAUAAGAGCUGUGCAGAAGGAUGAAGAGCUGACCGUUGCCUAUGGGUACGAUCAUGAGGCGACUGGGAAGAAUGGCCCAGAGGCCCCUGACUGGUACAAGCAAGAGCUGUAUGUGUUCCAACAUGGACAGGCACUUCCCACAGCCUCUUGAGGCUACACAUUAAACUUGUGGACAGUACAAUAACACCCUGCUGCUUGGGAUUCACUUUGUCUUCCCUGUAGCCACAUAUCGUACCAUAAAUGCAGUACUAAAGGUUACGAUGCUGAACAUGCUAGGCAAACUGUUUUGCGCUGUGGCCCUCUGAGAUUGGGGCAAGAUUUUUAAGUAUGCACUCAAAAGUAUUUUUAAUGUUUACAUUUAGGGUAUUGAAACACUGUCAUUUUGCCCCUUUGGCUAACAAUUUACAAUCUAAAUAUAUACAUUUUUGAAAGUA